AUGGGGACGGACAUACUUUGGUUUGAUGAUGAGGCGGUUCUUCUUCCACUACCAAUAAAGGGCAACAAAGUUAUGACAAAGGACGAGAAGGGGAAGGGGAAGGAGACGAUGGAGAGUAAGAAUACAAGAAAGACCCAUCAAAAGUCGUCUGACAAUGACAACGAGCGUACAGGGAAGACUGACACUGGCACCGGUGAUAAGUUGAUAGAAAACAUGAACCGUAGCAGUACAGGGAAGAGUGACUAUGGCAUUGACACCCAAAGUGAUAAACAAUCUAAGGAGAAGGGAAAGGGGAAGGAGACGAUGGAGAGUAAGAAUACAAAAAAGACCCAUCAAAAGUCAUCUGACAAUGACAACGAGCGUACAGGGAUGACUGAAAACAAGCCUAAAGGGAAGAGUGACAAUGGCAUUGGUGCUAAAUUGAUACAAAACAUGAAGAUAGCACCCAAAGGAAGGUAA